CCCCAAUUCACCUUUGCCUCUCUUUUUUAAUCUUAUAGAUAAAAGGUCCAGCUUUAUAAAAUCUCAAACACAUUUCAAUUCUUUCUGUCUCUCUCUCAUCAACAGCAGCACCCUCUCUCUCUCUCUAAAUUCCUCUUGGGAAGGAAUUUGGAAAUCAUUUGAGCUGUUAUGGCAAAAAUGGAGUCCUCCAUGAUUUUUGUGAUUACUUGUUCUGUAUUGCUCAUGUGUUCUUCCUCGGCACUAGCUCAAACUGCUAGUCCUCCCUCACUAAGCCCAACUCCAGCACCAGCACCGGCACCUGCUCAUGUAAACCUUACUUAUUUACUCUCCGUAGCUGGCCCUUUUUCUACCUUUCUGAAUGACCUUAUAUCAACCAAAGUCAUUGACACAUUUCAAAACCAAGCCAACAACACUGAACAAGGCAUCACCAUCUUUGUACCCAAAGAUGAUGCAUUCAACGCUGCCAAGAAAUAUUUAUCCAAUGUCACUUCAGAUCAGCUCAAAUCCAUCCUCCUCUUCCAUGCCCUGCCACGGUUCUAUUCCCUAGCUGACUUCAGGAACCUUAGCCAGAAAGGACCCACUAACACAUUUGCCGGUGGGCAGUACACGUUGAACUUCACUGAUGUUUCAGGGACAGUUCACCUUGAUUCAGGAUGGAGCAAAACUAAGGUCAGCAGUGCUGUGUUCUCAACUAGCCCUGUUGCGGUAUAUCAAGUGGACAAAGUCCUCCUUCCUGAGGCAAUCUUUGGCACUGAUAUACCUCCAACUCCUGCUCCAGCCCCGGCGCCUGAUGUUUCUCCUGCAGAUACUCCAUCAAAAUCAAAAGAUGGUGCCGAAUCUUCUCCAGUAUCUUCACCUACAAAUUCUUCACACAGGAUUAUGGACUUAGGUAUAUGGAAGCAGCUGGUUUUGGCAAUCACAGCUGGGCUAAUCUUGUUCUUGUGAGAAAGAACUCUGUUUGAGUUCUUAAUUUAUGCUCUCUCAGGGGCAUUUCAAGUUACUUCAAUUUUAAAACCAUUUUUUCAUUACAUAAGUUUAUUGAGAUUAUGUGUUGAGAUUUGAGAAUGUGAGAUAUUAUGCUAUGAUUAUUAUUUCAAUUU